AUGUUGGCCAACGAAGUGAAGACGGAAUCGUGUUCCGUCCGGCCCAGCGAAGUAGGGGCGCGUUCAAGGUCUCGCUUCGUCCCACCUCCUUUCGUCCCUAUGCCGGAGUGCCGCCGGAGCAUCGCCAGAGCAUCGCCGGAGAAUCGCCGGAGUGUGGACUGUUCGGUGGACGAAAAAGAGGGGUUUUCCAGGUUGUUAGUCCCACCCACACAUUUUUCUUCGUGUGUGUUCCAACCGGCACACGUUGUGUUCACUCAAGAAGGAUAUGAGAAGUUAGCUCGGGCAAAAGAAGGCCCAUCAAAUCAACAUUUGGCUAGUGGAGAAGCCUCUAGCACUGGUGAAGGUGAUUAUGAUAUGUUUGCUGACGAGGAUGAUAACAGUAAGCCAUCUACAGAUGAAAAUAAUACAGUUAGUCAAUCUUCAUCGGACGCCAUAAAUUCUGGCACUGAGGGUGGAGCAUUGCAAAAUGAUUAUGUGUAUGAUGAAUCUUCUGGGUACUAUUAUAGCAGCAGUUUGGGCUAUUAUUAUGAUCCAAAUACCGGGCUUUAUUGCUCUGCAGCAUCAGGACAAUGGGUGAUUAGUUGUAUAAUUAACACCUUUGGCUGAGAGGAGGGAAAUAAUAUUGUAUGUUUGUUGGGAGAGGCAAAG